AUGCGCCCAGGUAUGCAGCCUCGCCAUACGACCCAGCAAAGCAAAGGGCAUCCAGGACGACCAAGUCUGGGUCAUCCACAUACUCCUACAACGGUGCAACCUUCUGCGCCCGAAGGCACCGAAGCUGUCCCACAAAUCGAGGUCACCCCAUCAAGAAAUGAGCAUGAGCAUGAACAGUGGCAGAUGCUGCCACGGCCGAGUAGCCACACUCGGAGGCAUUCUCCUGACCAAGACCUUCUUAGACGGGCCACGACCGCACAUGCGUCCACAUAUCAUCCCGAGGGCAUACAAGGACAUACAUCAAUCCGACCCGAAGACGUUCUCAUCGCAAGGCCUUAUCGGGAAGGCCGUCCUCUCGGAGCCGAGCAUAUCAGUGCUCGCGAUCAGGGCAUGGUACACACCACCGCAAGGUACGAGGAUGAUGACACGGCCCUCAAGAGGCAGGCAACAGGGUCGACAGUGCAGGAUUUCGCUGUAGAACACGGAAAGGACAUAGCCGGUGGCCACGAACUUAACCAUGUUACCAGUGAAGCUGAGAUCGAGUCUGCCCGAAGACAUAUGCAAAGUCUUGCAGACACCGCGGAGAAUGUGAGCGAUUUGCAACACCACGCUCCAAACAUUGACUGGGAGGAAUAUCAGAAAUCGGAUCUCCAGCCCCAGCAUUCCCAAACUGAAGAGCCCAUCGACCCAGACUACUUCAAUUGGUGGGGGCCAGUCCGACAGAAAUUCCGGCAGCCACUGGCAGAGUAUUUGGGAACGUUGGUGUUCAUGACCAUUGGCCUCUGUGGAAGUGUCGUACGUACGACCGCAGAAGAUGACUUCGGAAACCUCCUCAGUGCAUACUUUGCAUGGGGGCUUGGUGUCAUGAUGGGAAUAUACAUUGCCGGCGGCAUCUCCGGCGGCCAUCUCAAUCCAGCCCUGUCCAUCCUCCUCUCCAUAUUCCGCGGCUUUCCUUGGUCGCUUUGCUGGCAGUAUGUUGUUGCGCAAAUGUUGGGGGCAAUCACUGCUUCAGGGGUUGUGUACGGCUUAUACAAAGACGCCAUCCAGCAGUAUGCAGCUGCGGAUCUGGGACGUGCUGGACCAGCCUUCUGGACCGCGCCACGCCAGGGGUUGAGCAACUCGGCUGCCUUUUUCACCGAAUUUGUGGCCACGGGUAUUCUGGUAGGCUCUAUUCUUGCCUUGGGAGACGACAGUAAUGCACCACCAGGGGCUGGGAUGCACGCAUUCAUUAUUGGACUCCUCAUCACUGCCCUGUGCAUCGCGUUCUCCUACAAUACCGGAACCUGUCUCAACCCCGCCCGGGACUUUGGUCCUAGGCUGAUCACCUGGGCUGCAGGCUUUGGGACCGAAGUUUUCACCUUGCACAGUUGGUGGUGGAUCUGGGGGCCGUGGGUGGGGACUUUGAGCGGAGGCAUCAUGGGCGCUCUUUUCUACGACGCUUUUAUAUUCAACGGGGGAGAGAGUCCUUUAAAUUAUCCCACCGGCCGACUGAGAGGACAUUUGCAUUUGUGGAGAGAGGCAAGAGGGAAGUCGAGGACUGGAAGAGGGCGGGAUACGAGCAGGAUUGUCAACAAGCACAUCGAAACAAUCGCAUGA